AUGAAAGAGUAUUACGAUCAGUAUGUUUUGCAGUCGUCCCUGAGCAAGCCCGGCAGCUUUCCGUCGUUCUGGCGGGCAUGGCUCGCUGAUUUCAGUUCCUUGAUGAUCAGAGCUAAGAGUCAGCAUGCCCAAUGCUCCACCUGUGUCCGACAUCGCCACAUGGUGAAGCGUCUGGGGCAUCAUCUGGCAGCGCGUCGUGAACAACAGACCCUAUACCAUCAGCACCUCAGGGACCAAUAUGCUGACAGGAUGGUUUAUUACCAGCAACGAGCCCUGUCACGGGCCCAUGAAAGCAAAGUGAUCACGAUAAUACAGGACGGCAUGGACCAGCAGAAAGCAAGUCUGCCGAGAUCACCGAUGAUGUUUCAGAAAGAUCUGGCUUUGCUGCAAAAAGCCAAAUUGCAUAUUUCUUUGACUCUGGUACAUGGAUACUUCAUGCUGUGGGUGCUGAGCGAUCCGGAUUGUCAGAAAGAUUCCAACGCAUCUGUCGAAACACUGGCACACGCCAUGGACAUCCUGCGCAGCGACUUCUCUUUGAAUCUGUCGGAGUACACCAUCAUUUGCCAUGCCGAUAACACUUGUCGUGAGGUGAAAAACAACCACUGCUUUCGCUUCGCAGCUGGACAAGUUUCCUGUGGCAAUGUCAGGCUGUGGUCGUACCGCUUUUUGCGGUGCGGCCACAGCCACGAAGAUGUGGAUCAAUGUUUUGGAAGACUUGCCCGACAUAUUUCAAGGACUCGCGUGGCCCAAACUCCAGAAGACAUGCUGGGUGUCAUCUCUUCUUGCGCGCAAUCCAUGCACAGGCCACAUGAAACCAAAAGAUACGUCGUCAAAAUGGAUCAAACAAGGGACUGGAAAGGAUUUCACAGCGGUGCUUGCCCAUUUCACAUUGUGGGCUGCGGCGGCCCAGGAGCGCCGCAUACCUUCACCUUCAUGAAACGAAGCGACGAACACAUGGCCGGCGUGGAGAUUGACGAAGGUCUUUUCAAGCAAUCUCCACGACAUCGUGGUGAUGUGAUCCUCAGGAGAAUUUUUUGUGUGGUGGAAGUUUCACUGCAGCGACUAUCAUUGUUGUUUCUCGCAGGACGAAGCGAUGGACCGCAAGCCCGGAGUUCUCGACGACCGUCACGGUGCUGCCUCGAGACAUUGCUCUUGCCAAGAUGCCUCUUGGACUGCCUACAGGCAUGUGGUGCCGCUGGAGCUGUCUUUCAUGGACCCAGACUUUCACGAAGCAUUAAAUGGUGA